UCACUUUUUCCGCUUACUUUUUCCUUUUCAAUUCUAUUUUUGAUGUACCACAAUAGUCAAGCAGAUCGGCUUUGUGACAAAUUACGUGGGGAACAACAGCGUCAAAGUCAACUCGAUGCAAUCGCCUAUCUUGAGUCGACUUUGGGUUCCAAGCUUUCAAGUUACGAUCUCCACAAAGAACUUCAGGACGGCGUGUUACUGUGCAAGUAGACUCAUCAAUCACAUUCGACCCGCCACUAUUCUCAGUAUCGAGCGUAAAAAUAUUCCUUUUGUCAAGAUGUCCAAUAUUGGAUUAUUCCUACAAGCUGCGCAAAAUCUUGGCUUGAAGAAUUCAGAACUGUUUCAAACCGUGGAUCUGUAUGAGGCCAAAGAUAUGGCGGCUGUGGUCAAUACGAUCUUAUCCUUAGCACGGAUCAGUGGAAACAAACAUGCGUGUGCCAAGUCUUGUCCUUCCACGAAACCGGGGCGUGUCCACAUCAAAACGAUUUUUCCAAGCAAAAUAUCCACGACCCCUUCCCUGCCUGAGCGAGAGCCGCUGCCUUGUCAAAAAUUGUCCAAGGCGAUUCGGCCUACAACCGACAGUGGUUACAGUACCUUGUCGCGAGAUGCCGAUACGACAUCGCUGGCCGCCGAGCGUAUCCAGAACGACGAUCGCUAUGUAAAGCUGUUGAAUACAAACCCCUCAGAUGAACGACUUCCUCAAAUGGCUAGCCCGAAACCAGGCAGGCAUCGUUUCAGUCAAUCGGCGCUGCAGCAUGGGGAAGUCAAUGAGUUUGCUGCGCCGGUUCUCACACCGUCCAAGUCUACCCCUACUAUGUCACUCAGCCGGCCAAAGCAUGAUAUGGAACGAAAGCACAGUGAUACCAGCAUCCAAAAGCAAUACAGCAACCAGACAAAUCACAAAGUAUCGACGCUUCAAAGGCAGUACGUGAGAGUGAAUGUUCAAAAAGGACGAGGAAGUCUAAGCCGACAGUACCAACUGGGAAAUUGUAUCGGCAAAGGCCAGUUUGGUUCCGUCUACAGAGCUUUGGAUAUACAGACCGGAGAAAUUGUGGCCAUAAAGCGGAUCAAAUUAUCAGAAGUUGAAGACGUACAGGAGGAGGUCAUGCAAGAAGUGGAUCUAUUGAAAGGCAUGGCGAGCAGCAGCAUUGUUCAGUAUAUCGCUUUUGCACAUGAUGAGGAACAUUUGAAUAUCGUACUCGAAUAUGUGGAAAAUGGGUCUCUCUUGUCCACUCUAAAAGCCUUUGGGAGUUUGCCCGAAAGGCUGGUGGCCUCCUAUACGCAAAAAAUCCUCAAAGGGCUUUUCUAUCUCCAUGAGCAUCAGGUGGCGCACUGUGAUUUGAAAGCGGCCAACAUCUUGACGACGAAAACGGGCGACGUCAAGCUCACGGAUUUUGGUGUAUCGUUAAACUUGCAUGUAAAGCAACAAGGCGAAAGUAUUCCUGCCGGUACGCCAAAUUGGAUGGCUCCGGAAGUCAUUGAACUCAAGGGCGCCACCACUCAAUCGGACAUUUGGUCACUCGGAUGUACCGUCAUCGAACUGUUCACGGGCAAACCGCCCUACGCCGAUCUUAUCUCCAUGUCAGCUUUGUAUCAUAUCGUCGAAGACGAUCAUCCUCCUUUUCCCGAAAACGCAUCCGAGCUCAUGUGUGAUGUAUUACGAGCCUGUUUUCAAAAGAACCCAAAAGAUCGACCGACUGCGGCCCAGUUAUUAGAGCAUCCAUGGAUUAUUCAGCAUUGCCCAGUCCAGCCUCCACCUCAUCGAACCCCUGCCUUGCGUCGAAAAAUGCAUCAGCAAAAAUUGACUCACGAAGAGUCAUCCAUCCAUUCAUCGUACCAUUCAGGCACCGAUACAAUUGAUCUCACUAUUCUCUCUCGAUACCUAGCCUCCGAACCCGGCGUUCAAUUACCCGCCUUGCCAGACAAGGUCCAAUCCAAUGGCAAGCGCCACCGGCUUGUCCAUCCUCACCGCUUUAUAAAGAGUCAUUUGGAGAAAGCCAUCAAAUGCAAGCUUUGUCAAACCAACCUUCGAUCGCAUGCCCUCAUCUGUGAAGUAUGUACGUUGAUUUGCCAUGAUACUUGCCAAAGCAAAUCACUUCAUUGCCGUAUACCAUCCUUUACGAAUUUACCUGUGCCGCCACCACGAACAGGCAAUCGUCUGCAAAAGUUGUUGGGCGGAAUUCAUCAACGAAUGACCAGAUCCUCUCAUGCUGACAUUGCCAUUCCUUAAAAUUCACCGCCGCUCUCAUACACCAUUAUGUACUUUAAAAAUAUUGUAUACCUGCUUGUAAAUAAUGUUUAUCUUUUGUCUAUCUUUUUGUUUUCGAUUUGGCAACGGAGAGCGACCCGUUUCCAUACUAUCCAGGAACUGGUUCGAGGAGGUGAGACCUUAUUAUCCCGCACGUACAGAAGAAUUAAAAAAAUA